AUGAAUAACAACAAUAAUAAUAAUAAUAAAUUUAAAACAAAUUCAAAUUAUAAUAAGAAUUAUAAUAAUAAUAAUGCGAACAAUCAAAAUAAUAAUAAUAAAAUAAAUACAAAUAAAAACUAUAAUUCAAAUUAUAACUCAAAUUAUAAUCAAAAUAAUAAUAAUAAUUAUAGUAAUAGUUAUAUAGAGUUGAUAAAUAAUGGUGGUGAUAUAAAUUCAAUAAAUACUACAACUAUAAAUAACAAUAGUAAUAGUAAUAGUAAAAAUAAUAAUAAUAAUAAGAAUCAACAACAACAACAACAACCAAAAGUAUCGAUUAAUGAUACACAAAAGAAAGAAAAGUCAAAACAAUUCGAGAAACAAAGAAAUGACAAUUCAAAUAGAUUAAACUAUUGGAAUAAUCAGAUGGUUGCAACGAAAUCAAGUGAUUCUAAUAAUGUUGCUGCUACUGCUUCUGGUGAUAAUGUAACAAAUAAUCAUCAGAGUCUGAGUGAUAUGUACAACAAUCAGGCGAAUACUUCAAAUUCCAUCAAGACCUAUAUUGAUUAUAGUGAGCGUAGAGAUGUUGAACGUCUCAAUCAUCUUUGGAAAGCUGCGAGUUUAAUGCAGGUCGGUGGUGCCACCGAUGAAGCUCGAUGGCUAAUGUUCAACUUUGGCGAGUGUGCUGUCGAUAACUACGUGAGUGGAGUGCCAACUGAAAGGAAAUCAUCCGGUGGUAUUAGAAUAUGUGUAAAGUGUGCAAAUCAUUUGGUGCCGGGUGUCAAUUGUACACUUCGUGUUAAACAUAAAUCUAGUAGUGGCAAUCAAUCAUUACAACAACAAAGAAAAUCAAGAAAAGAUAAUAAGACAGUAGGUUUCAUAAAGAUACAUUGCAAUCAAUGUCAAUCUACACAGUCAAUCACAACGGAAACACAAAACAAAAGAUUAAAGAGAUCAACACAAUCAAAGAAACUUUUACAAUCUUUAUCAACAACAACAACAAUAGCACCAUCUCAUGAAGUAAAAACAAAUUCUAAAGAGGAAUCAAAAAAGAAAACUUCUACUUCAUCUUCCUCCUCUGCUUCUUCAUCAUCCAUUUUAACAACCUCUGAAGAUAAUAUUAAUAAUAAUAAUAAACAAACAACUCAGACAAAUGAUCAACAAAUUAAAAGUAUUGUAAAUAAUCAAAAUAUUACAUCUAAAAAGAAUAAUAAAAGUAACAAUAGUAGUAGUAAAGAUAAAAAAAGUAACAAUAGCAGUAAAGAUAAAAAGAAUAAUAACAGUAACAAGAAAGGUGGUGAUUUAAGUAGUUUUCUUUCAGAAGUCAGUAGUUUUAUGCAAUAA